GGGCCGGGCCGUAUAACCUUAUACGGCCCGUAUCAACCAUGUUAGAAUAAGAUGAUACUGUGGUCGUAUAUAUAUUAUACGACUACUUUAUACGGAUCGUAUAUAUCUAUACGGCUCGUAUACAAUGAAUUUCCUUUAUUUUAUUGUUUUAUUACUAUUUGACGCGACGUAUUAUUCCUCGAUUCACGUGCGAGUAGACGUAAGAUUCUCUGAUUCGAUGUUAUAUUCCUCGAUUCUCGUGCGAGUUAUGUGAUUAGACGUUAGAUUCCUCGAUAUUCGUGCAAGUUAUUUGAUUCGACGUUAGAUUCCUCGAUUCGCGUGUUAAUCAUUUGAAACGAUGUAAUAUUCCGUAAAAUUCUCUAUAUAAACGACACUAGUUUCAUUCAUUUUCAUUCAACUUCUAUUCGUUUCUUCUAUUUUUCUCUGUAUUCAAAUUAUUUACGCUAUAAUGUCGGGUUGGGGUAACUUUUUUAAUGUGUUUGAUAACGAGGCGAAUCAGGGGAGUUAUGAUAACAAUGAAGAUAACAAAGAGGGCAUGUUUGAUCUGAAUGCUCCGUUCGAUCCCAUUCUUGCGUCUGAUGCAGGUCAGGAUACUUGGGGUUUGGAUGCAAUUCAGCCUAAUUAUGCUGGUUAUUAUCCAUCGCAACACCCGGUUAAUUUUGAAGCCCCUCCUGUUAGUUUUGGACCACCGACUGAUAGUUCUCAGUCUCCUCCCAUAAGUGAUGGACCGCCGGAGGGUCCAAAUGCUGACCAGGAACGUAGUGAGUUUCAAAACAAGCAGAAAUUCGCUAGCAUGGAUGAAUUGGUAGAGUGGUGUAGAGACGUUGGACGCGUAAAUGGCUACGCCCUCGUCACCAAACGCACCAUCUACGAUAAACAGGGUAGCGGUCAGCCGUUAAAAAUCUGGCUUACGUGUGAUUGUGCCGGCGAGUACAAAUCAACAGCCACGGUCAGACGUAGCGGGACCAGGAAAACCGGUUACAAGUUCCAACUGAUCGGGGCAUACAAAAAGAGGUUAGGUUAUUGGGAUCUAAGGGUUGAGAAAGCUAAACAUAACCACGAACCAUUUCUGUAUCCAGAGGGUCAUCCGUCCCUAAUGAGGUUGACUCCAUCAGAAGAGAGGACGGUGGAACAAAUGACGCAUCAGAACAUAAAACCACGAGACAUUCUUGUUGCCAUUAAAGAACAGAACCCCCAUAAUGUCUCAACAAGAAACACCAUAUACAACGCUCGGGCCAAAUUGGGUCGAAUGGAACAAGUCGGUGAGACUCCAAUGCAGAUACUUUUCUACCGGUUGGAGAAGGUUGGGUUUGUUUUUUACCAUAGAACUUCUCAAAAUGGCGAACGGGUCGAGGAUGUUUUCUUCAUCCACCCGGAGUCGAACAUGUUGUGGCGCGCCUUCCCGCAUGUGUUGCUUAUAGACGCCACCUACAAGACGAAUCGGUACAAAAUGCCGCUAGUCCAGAUUAUCGGUGUUACAUCCACGUUGAUGUCGUUUUGCAUUGCUCAUGCGUUCGUAAGCAACGAGAAACAGGAAAACUUCACAUGGGUUCUACAGAGGUUGAGACACUCAUUAGACAGUGUUAUGGAACCCCGGGUAAUAGUAACAGAUAGAGAUCGCGCCCUAAUGAACGCAUGUGCAACCGUGUUUCCCAGGGCUAGACAUUCAUUGUGUAGGUGGCACAUACAGCAAAACAUCUUCAAACAUUGCAGGAAAAGCUUUAGAACAGAGGAUAAAUGGGAGAGGUUUCUUUACAAGUGGGGCGAGCUAAUUAACUCAACGACCGAUCUUGACUACAACUACUGGUACGAGCGAAUACGAUCAUACUUGCCACGCAAAAAAAACCAACGAGACCGGUUUGUUUCGUUCUGGAGCGACCAACAUCUGAACUUCGGUCAACGUACAACGAACAGGGCAGAGGGUCAACAUGCCCUUUUGAAGCAGUACCUAGGCGACUCUAAUUACACCCUGGAGAAAGUGGUACCACUUAUCGAUAAGCUCAUAAGAAACCAGGUGACAGAAAUCAAAGGCAGCAUUGAAACAAGCAGGAGCCGAACAUUGGGUCAUCAUAACAAACCAAUAUUUAAUCUCCUACUAAAGAAGGUUUCACAUGCCUGCCUAGAGUUGAUAUCAGACGAAGUAAAUGAAAUAGAAAAAUUAAAGUUAUAUAACCGUACAUGCGCGUGCCGUUUGUAUACAAGCUGUGGGUUGUCGUGCGCGUGUCGGUUGGAACCGUAUACAACGAAUGGUCAAAUGAUCCCGUUGGAGUUGAUAGACCCUUUUUGGAGAAAGUUAAAUUUGGACUCCAUAGUGGAACCGAGCAAGGUGGACUCUUCCGACUUAGACGGCGAAUUUGCGCUUCUCAAACAACAUUUAAGUGCUCAGCCGAGAGAACUCAAGAAAAACUUGAUUCAAAAGAUGAAGGAGUUGGUACAACUCAAUAAGACGAAGCUUAAACAACCAGUUGUGCAAAAAAACACACGGGGUCGUCCAACUUUAAAAGCUCAGCAACAAAGGAAGGAUGAUUCGUUCACGGAGCCUUCAAGACACAGCUUUUUUACAAUGCAAGACCAGUAUAGUGAUUCACAAGAUGGGUUUGGCACACAAGAGUCAACAAUCGAACCUACCAGGCAUAGCACGUUUGUCGAGUCACAAAGUUAUUGUACUGAAACACCUAUGUUCUUCGGCGAGAUUGCGAAAGGCGCUAAGAAUUCGAAAACGAAAAACAAGGUCGCAAAAUCAAAGGAAGAGCCACCAGACUUACCUUUGUUGCCUGUCGAACAAGUUAAUAUGUUCAUGCACUUCAAAAAGUUCAUUCCACCGAGCUUCUAUCCACACCUCAGUCACAUACAAAAUGUGCAGGGUGAUGACGAUAUGGCUGAGUCAUCAGCAGCUGGUGCGGCCCGUAGAGGUCGAGGUCAGGGUCAGGGUCGGGGCCGUGGACGUGGACAGGAGGAGGAGGUUGUGCCCGAUUUUACUGAGACGGGGCGGUUUCUAAGAGAUAUCCCCUGA